CGCUGCUCACACCCGGCGGGCGCCCAGCGGCGGCCGGAACCUGCCUUCGGCACUGCCUCCGCUCUGCCUUCUCGGCGUCUGUCCCGCCACGCCGUCCCGCUGCCUCCAUGACCCGCAGUAGGAAGCAGGCGGCGCUGGAGAGAGGAGCCGGGAAGAUGAACACAGAAGCGGGGAGCGCCGCGGCGGCGGCGGCCGUGGGAGCCCGGGCUGCGACGGCGGCGGCAGCAGGGACAGGGGCAGCCGGCGGCGAACCGGCAGCCGCCGCCUGGGGGCUGGAGGGGGAGGCGGAGAAAGUUGUGUACUCGCGCUCGCAGGUCUCCUUCGCCGGUACCAAGGCGCUGGGCGACGCCCUCAAGCUCUUCAUGCCCAAGUCCACGGAGUUCAUGAGCUCCGACUCGGAGCUGUGGAACUUCCUCUGCAGCCUCAAGCACGAGUUCUCCCCGGUCAUCCUCCGCAGUAAGGACGUUUACGGAUACUCCUCCUGCCGCGCCGUCGUCCCCGACCCGCCGCCGCCCUCGGAGCGGCCUCGCCGCCGCGCCGGCAAGCGGCGCCUCCCGGCCGCCGACGCCAAGCGCCGGGCCGGGGCGGCGGGCGGCAGCGCCAAGCGGCGGCGCGGCCCGCGGCCGGUGGCCCCCGCGCCUCCGCCGCCGGGCGAGCAGGCGGACAGCGAGCAGGGCAGCCCGGCGGCGGCCGCCUGGGAGCCGUUCGGCGGCAAGUCGCUGGAGGAGAUCUGGAAGGCGGCAACCCCCCGCCUCACCACGUUCCCCACCAUCCGUGUGCGGGGCAGCAUGUGGAACCGGCGGAGCCUGGCGGCGGCGCGGCGGCGGGCGCAGCGGAUCCUCGGCGUGGACCUCUCCCCCGUGGUGCGGGUGCGCCGCUUCCCCGUAGCACCGUCCUGAGCCUGCGGGGGCUCCGCUCCCCGCGCCUCACCUUGGCCGCGGUGCGGACAAAGAGACCGGUAUCAGUCACCUGUUUACAUUGCUUUUGUCUGGAUCGUGUUCUGCUGCUGCACUUUACGGCCCGCUCGGGCGGCGCCGGGCCUCCCGCCGCAAGGGGGGCGGCCUGCCGGGCCCCGGCUUCGCCCCGGGAUGGGACCGCCUGGCAGGUAUCACGCGUGGGGACCAAGUUCCACUUCCACUUUUUUUUCUCUCUCCCAUUGGGCUACCUCACUGGUCCAGAAGUCCACCCAAGAAGUUAUUUUCCAAAGGAACUUAUUUUCAUGCUUGUAUAAUAAAGCACCAUCUGAUUCUUGCUAUUUUUUUUUUCCCUUUCCCCCCUUCCCCUUUUCUGAUGGGUUAUGUAUGCUUUGUGGUGUUGCACUAGUAUGUGCUCAGGGUAUUUUGAAUCCCAAGCAUUCCCAAGUUUCAGUUUACUCUGAUAAAGGAUGCGUAAAGAAUGGAGGUUCAGGACUUGUUGGCUGUUCUUGAUGGUGCAAAAACUUUUUAAAUUUUAAUUUCAUGAGCUUAGUGAUUAUAUAAAGAUGUAUCGCGCAGUACAACAGUUGUUACACUUUUGUAUCUAAAGUCAUUUUUAAAGUUUUCUAGUUGAACUAAGUAUUUGUUUCUAUGGAGCACAUAAAGAUAGAAUCAUCCUGAUAUUUUAUAAUCCUGUUUACUUUAGGGAAGCUCAUUUAGUCAACCUAAGUGAACUUAAUAAAAGUCAAAGAACAAAUGGUGUUUCAGUUCAAUGAAACUGCUCAGGCAUUGGUUCCUGAUGAAGUACACCACCACUGAGGCACUCUAUGUCAGUGAGCUCUGGCUUUGAGAAGAAUGUAACUGCUUAUCAAAGCAGUGUAUAGGUGUCUGGAGGUGAACUAUGAUCCAGUGUUGGUGCUGACAGCUGAAGUCAGUAGCUUGCGUGACACAAAUAUCACACUGAAGUGCCUCUCUGCUAAAAGAGUAAGACUUGAUAUCUGGUCACUCGAUAACAAACUAGUACUCAUUGUCCUGUGGUUGUGAGAUGGUUAAUAAUGGAUAAUCGUGUUUAAUAUAAUUACUUGCACAUAAUUACUUUUUUAAACCUUUCAUGGGUUCCACAGUAGACUGAUGAAAAAUUCAUGAUGUAGCUUGAUUAUUUUGACUGAAAAAUAACAUGUAGUUAUCCUGUGUGAUAGGCAGUCUCUCUAAAAUGAUUUAUUAAAGAUUUUUUUUAGCUCUUAUGCCUUGAAAUUGAUGUGUGAGGAGCAAAGGUAUGUGUGAGGCAGAAAGUGAUUAUUCUCUUUUUACAUUAUUUUUUUUUUAUGUUUGCAAGAGGAUUAAGAAAUGCUGGGUAAUACACAGCUUAUGUUCCAACUAUCCUGGCAGAUGGGACUAACCAGUUUUCACAGUGAAAUGAACAACCUCACAACUUGCUUAUAGAAUCAUUUGGUGAUAUAAAAUUUCUGACGUCUCUUGACUCCUUGUUGCCUGCCUUCAACAAAGGCAGUAAGACAUCUUGAUGGUGUAGAGGCUGCUUGUAAAAACUUGCUAGUGUUAAUGUAAAGCAGCCAGCUUCUUCUAAAAACAUGUAUAUUUUGUAGGUUUUUUCUUACUUAGUAAAGCUGCAAACUCCUUAUUCUACCAAACUAAUGUUUAAUCUAUUCUACAUCCAUUGGCUUUUGAAAUUGUUUACAUAAAGUUAGACCGUCUGCUGAUGGCUGCAGUAGUGCCACGUCGCCUUUCAGAAAGUGAAUUAAAUGAAAGUUCAAGGGUGCAUAUUGUGCUUUUCUUCUUUCUUGACUGUAAAAGCAAAAUUGGAUUGAUUUAAAACCCAGUAAAGCAGCCUGCAGAGUGACCAGGUGCCGAGGCUCCAGAUAUUUCAAUUUCACAUUUCUACUUCAGAAACACAAGAGUAUCGUUACUAGUUCUUAAAGCGUAUAGGUGAUUUCGGUGCUUCUACUGUUUGGUUGGGGCUUUUUUUAGUAUUAUUUUCAACUCUGUAGAAAGAUGAUAAAAUUAAGGA